AUGUAUCUUACGAAACAGGCGGAGGCAGCGUUGGCCUCGGUGAACCAGGGGGAGGUGGCCCUGAAGGAGGCACGAGAGGAGCUGGCGGAGGCCCGGAGGCAGUGGCACAGCCUGCAGGUGGAGAUCGAGUCCAUGCACGCCCUGGAGCGUGGCCUGGAGAGUUCCCUGCGCCACACGCAGCAGCACUACUCGGAGCAGCUGGUGGACCUGUCGCGGGUGGUGCGCGAGCUGGAGGGGGAGCUGGAGGACGUGCGAGGCGGCCUGGCUUCGCAGAGGGAGCGCCACCACCAGCUGCUCAACACCAAGAUGAAGCUGGAGCACGAGAUCAAGACCUACCGGAAACUCCUGGACAGCGAGGAGGGCCGGUACUUGACUCGUAAUGGUCAGCUGGGAGGCCUGAAGCCCUGGAAGGGUCCAGUCAUGGAGAUCCACCAGAACGGCGUGGAGACGCUCAGCCCCGAGGACGCAGAGGAGCCAAUCACAGAGCUGAGCGAGAUGACCGAGAUCGACGGCUUCAAGAAGCAUCCGGCCAUACUGCGCAGGCAGAAGAGUCUAGUCAUACUGACGGAGCCCGAGAGGAAUACGGAUGUGAAGAUCGCCACUGUGAAGACACAGGAGAUCCUGCAAGGGAAAGUAGUGAGCGAGAGCGCUGAGGGGCAAGGCAAAGUAGACACUGAGAAGAUAGACAAGGUCAUCAGACAGUGGGAGGGCUCCUUCUUCCAGGGCAACCCCAAGCUGCGCAAGAAGUCGGUCUCCCUGCGCUUCGACCUGCACAUGACGGUCAACGACGAGGGCUGCGCCCAGACCAAGCAGGACAGCCUGCCUGACGUGGAGGUGCGCCUGGUCAUGCGGCGGUCUCGCAGCAUCCCCGCCAUCGCCCAGUGAAGACUGGUGAUGUUGGGGAUAUGGGGUGGGGGUGGGGGACAGUGUUGCCAGAUUGGGCUGUUUCCCGCCCAAUUGGACUGCUUAGGAUGGCCGUGUGCGAGUAAAGAUGGCAUUUAGCAGAAAAACCCGCCCAAUUUUUGCCACAGACAUCAAUAGAAUUGGGCGGGAUUUUGUGCUUCUAGGCGGGUUUUGAGCAUUUUUUGAGCUGGAAAUCAGCCUCAUCUGGCAACCCUGGUGGGGGAGAUGGUUGGUAGGGAGUACAUUGUAGAAAAAAUAUAUCAGCAUGUGAUGAGGAGGAGGGCUGGAGGCAGAAUGAGGAGGACAGCAUGAGGUGAGAUUACCAAGCAGGACAGUCCUCCAGACGUUGGAAGUCAUUCGGCCGGUCUCACAACAUUGCCGCCAUCGCCCAGUGAAGACUGGAGAAGUUGGGGGGGUGGGAGUGGAUUU